UGUCGCACAUGCGCACUGAGGCCAGUCUGACCGACCUUCAGCGGGGCCACUUGCCACCAUGUUUUCUCGGGCGAGCGUCGUGGGGGUCUCGGCCUGGGCGGUGCAGCCACAAUGGUAUGGCAGCUUGCGGAUCCAAGUUCGAAAUAUGGCAACUUUGAAAGAUAUUACCAGGCGACUGAAGUCAAUCAAAAACAUCCAGAAAAUUACCAAGUCUAUGAAAAUGGUAGCAGCAGCAAAAUAUGCCCGAGCUGAAAGGGAGCUGAAACCAGCUCGAGUGUAUGGAACAGGAUCUUUGGCUCUGUAUGAAAAGGCUGAUAUCAAGGGGCCUGAAGAAAAGAAGAAACACCUCCUUAUCGGCGUGUCCUCAGACAGAGGGCUCUGUGGGGCCAUCCACUCCUCCGUGGCUAAACAGAUGAAGAGCGAGGUGGCCACGCUCACAGCAGCUGGGAAGGAAGUGAAAAUUGUUGGAAUUGGAGAUAAAAUCAGGGGUAUACUUCAUAGGACUCAUUCUGACCAGUUUCUGGUGACGUUCAAAGAAGUGGGAAGAAAACCCCCUACUUUUGGAGAUGCAUCAGUCAUUGCCCUGGAAUUACUAAAUUCUGGGUAUGAAUUUGAUGAAGGGUCGAUCAUCUUUAAUCGAUUCAGGUCUGUCAUCUCCUACAAAACAGAAGAAAAGCCCAUCUUUUCUCUUAAUACCAUUGCAAGUGCUGAGAGCAUGAGUAUCUAUGACGACAUUGAUGCUGAUGUACUGCAGAAUUACCAGGAAUACAGUCUGGCCAACAUCAUUUACUAUUCUCUGAAGGAAUCCACCACGAGUGAGCAAAGUGCCAGGAUGACAGCCAUGGACAAUGCAAGCAAGAACGCUUCUGAGAUGAUCGACAAGUUGACUUUGACCUUCAACCGCACCCGCCAAGCUGUCAUCACAAAGGAGCUGAUUGAAAUCAUCUCCGGUGCUGCAGCUCUGGAUUAAUGAAAAUCGAGUUUCGUCCUCAGACAAGAGGUAAAGAAGAGAAAUUCAGUCAGCUGAUUCGGUUUUAGCUCACUGCUUUCCUGGUCAGAAGAAACUGUUGGUCCAUUGUUUAAAUUACUAAAGACAGCAAGAUAUUUGUAAAUUAUCUUACAAUAAACAGCUUGCAAUAAAAGAAAUCACUGUGUUAAAACUA